AUGCCUUCCACCACAGACCCAGCACUUCAAUUUGAUUCCAUUGAGGAUUCAAUUGUGGCAUUUAAGAAUGGCGAAUUCAUCGUCGUCCUUGAUGACCAAGAUCGCGAAAAUGAAGGCGACCUCAUAAUUGCAGCAGAGUCUAUCACCGCUGCCCAAAUGGCAUUCCUGGUCCGUCAUACAAGUGGCUUAAUAUGUGCUCCCAUUACCCCAGACCUAGCUAUCCGCCUCGCACUUCCGCAAAUGGUAUCCGAGAAUGCCGACCCAAAGGGAACUGCCUACACCGUCACAAUUGACUCAAGCGAUGAUUCCGUAACUACCGGUAUCUCUGCACAAGACCGUGCCCUCACAUGUCGCACUCUCGCCUCUCCAGAUGCUCGUGUCGACUCUUUCCGUCGACCCGGUCACAUCAUCCCCCUCCAGGCACGUCCUGGCGGUGUGCGCGAGCGCAUGGGUCACACCGAAGCGGCGGUAGACUUCUGUCGCCUUGCCGGGAAGGCACCAGCCGGUGUGAUCGCCGAGCUGGUUGAAGGAGGUGAAGUCGUUGAGGGUGUUGCGGAGCUUCGUGGCGACAAUGGUAUGAUGCGGAGGGAUGCUUGUUUGGCAUUUGGCAAGAAGUGGGGAAUCAAGGUCUGUACGAUUGAAGAUUUGGUCGCCUACUUGGAGAAGAAUGAGAGCGUGAAGAAUGGGUCGCAUUGA